AUGUGCACUUCAGGUCUCGCGAAUCGUUUGGAUGAGUCCCUGGCCAAGUCGUUCUUAGUAAGCGCGGAUCAAGCACAUGCAGUCCACCCUUCCUGGCCUGAGAAACACGAGCAAGCUAACCGACCCAGGCUGCAUCAGGGUAUAGUUGUCAAAUAUAAUGUCAACCAGCGCUACGCCACUAAUGCUCUUACUGCUAGCCUGAUCCGCGAAGUUGCUCGCCAGGUCAACGUGCCCCUUCAGUUAAAACGUCUUCGUGCUGUUUACGAUCUUUCUUAA